UCAGGUAACACCCAGAUCUCUGCGCCUGUUGUUUAGCAGGUUUUUCUGCUCCGUGGUUGGUUUAGGACAUUUUCUAGAAUGACGACAGUCUAACAGGAGGAGGGAUGAGGGUCUUUGGGCCAGCAGAGCUGGUCGCAGGCCUCUGUCAUACAGACGAGCAGAAUCCGUUCCCCGUGUGGCAGAAUGGACACAUCAGCCCCUGUUUUAACCAGCUCGUCCUUGGAGCCUUGCCUCAUGCAGGGAUGGCCAUUUUCAGUGCCUGCUACCUUAGCAUGCCAAGAUGCGGCCUCCUCCAUACGUCUCCUCCCUGCGGUUGGACACUCAGGUGGGUGUCUGCUCUGCUGGCGGCGCUGCUCUUCGCUGCAGAUGUCGUGGUGGUGAGUCUCCUGCAGCAGGCGGACUUGUACCUGGACGUCCUGGCUGACAGCUGUGCCAUCCUGGCCUGGCUGGUCCACUUCAGUGCCAUCACGGUGCUCCAGAGGACAGCGUUUCGGAGAACCAGAGGUCCUCUGCUGCUUCUCCUGCUGGUCCUUCUGUCUGUCCCAAACCUAGUUAUCACCUUGAUGAUUUACUGCGACAAUCAGGAAUAUUUGAGCCUCACAGAACCUCUUGAACUGGCACGUUUUGUGCUUGCCUCAGCCCGGACGCUCCCCCUACUGGUUUAUCUUCUAGCAUUUGUAUUUCCCUGCAUCAGUGAUGCUGGGUACACUUUGUAUGUCAACAGUGUGGAUGGAUCACCACUCAUCCCAGAGAGCACACAGCCAGAUACGGGUGAGAUGGUGGCCGAGGACGGGAGCAGCUGCAUCUCUCGGCUCUUCUACUUGUGGUUGACCCCUCUCCUCAGACGAGGGCAGCGAAGGGAGCUGGACAGGCCAGCUGAUGUUUAUCAUCUACCUCGGAAACUUCGGACCUCUGUGGUUUGUCGAUACUUCCACCAGUGCUGGGAAGCCUGCCGACGAGGGGCAGCAGUCAGUAACGGGCAGGAUCAGUGGCCCAGGCCGGUCAGCAGAAACCUCCUGAGUGGCACCUGGAGUUCACACUACCAGGAGCAACCACCGGAGCUGGAGGGUGAUGUGAGACUGCUCAGGGUGCUGCACAAGGCGUUUGGGUUGCGUUACUAUAUCCUGGGUGUGCUGAAGGUGACGGUCAACAUGCUGGGCUUUGCAGGUCCUCUGCUCCUCAGCAGUCUGGUGAACUUUAUGGAGGACAAAGAAGCUCCAGUCAGCUGGGGUGCCUGGUGCGCUCUGGGGCUCUUUACCACCACCCUGCUCACUUCCUUCCUCCAAAACAUCUUCAUCUUUGAGGUCUCCAAGGUGGCGCUGUCAGUGCGCGCCACUCUUGUGUCGGCCAUUUACAGCAAAGCCCUGCAGGUCAGCGGCAGCAGCCUGGCCGGCUUCGCUCUGGGAGAGGUGGUGAACUUAAUGAGCACAGACACUGACCGUGUGGUCAACUUCUUCAACAGUUUCCAUGAGCUGUGGAGUUUGCCCUUCCGGUUUAGCAUCACCCUCUACCUGCUGUACCUGCAGGUGGGUGUGGCUUUCCUUGGUGGGCUGGGCGUGGCUCUGCUGCUGGUGCCGUUCAACAAGUUCCUUGCUUCCCGUAUCCUUAGCAACAACCAGCACAUGCUCAGGCACAAGGACAGUCGUGUUAAGUUAAUGACAGAGAUCCUCUUCGGCAUUCGCGUCAUCAAGUUCUACAACUGGGAGCCUCAUUUUACUCAGAAGGUCGCCGACUGUCGUCAACAAGAGCUGUCCCACCUCAAGGCCAUCAAGUACCUGGACGCCAUGUGUGUUUACACCUGGGCUGCUCUGCCUGUGGUCAUCUCCAUCCUCACCUUCGUCACGUACGUGCUGCUGGGACACCAGCUGACUGCAGCCAAGGUGUUCACCACGCUGGCUCUGGUGGGAAUGAUGAUCAUCCCACUCAACGCUUUCCCCUGGGUGCUCAACGGCAUCCUGGAGGCCAAAGUGUCUCUGGAGCGAAUCCAACGCUUCUUCAAACUGACCAACCAGGAUCUGCAGGCGUACUAUGCCCUGGUGUCUCCUGAAGACACCCAGACAUCGAUCCUGUUGAGCCAGGGGUCAUUCUCCUGGCAGGGGCCCGACAGUCCAACACAGAACAAAGAGGGAGAAACUCACACUGGAGCUGCUAAAGGGAGUCUGCUGCUGCACAGUCUCACUCUACACAUCACAAAGGGCUCUCUGGUUGUCGUGGUGGGGAAGGUCGGCUGUGGGAAGAGUUCGUUACUGGCUGCUCUCACUGGAGAACUGGACAGGCUGAGCGGGGUGGUGUACAUUGCUGACAGAGAGGCCGGCUUCGGUCUGGCGUCUCAGGAGCCAUGGAUCCAGCACGCAUCAGUUCGGGACAACAUCCUGUUUGGCAAAGACUACGAUCCUGUCUUCUACCAGGCUGUGAUCGAGGCCUGUGCUCUCUCGGACGACCUCAACGUUUUGCCAAACGGUGACAAGACAGAGGUGGGAGAGAACGGCGUGACUCUGAGUGGAGGACAGAAGGCUCGACUGGCCCUCGCCAGAGCUGUUUACAUGAACAAAGACAUCUACCUCCUUGAUGAUCCGUUGGCAGCGGUUGAUAGCGACGUGGCCGAACACCUCAUGAAGAAAUGCAUCAUGGAGCUCCUCAGGGGGAAGACCAGAAUACUUUGCACGCACCGCAUAGAGUUUGUGGACAAAGCCGACAUGGUGGUCCUCAUGGACAACGGAACGAUCAUCAGAACAGGCACACCAGCAGAAAUCCUUCCUUUGGUCGAGGCAGUGCCCAAAAAACUGAAGAAUGACCACAACAUGAAAGAGAAAGAUGGCGUGGAGCAGGAGGAAGAGGAGCCCGGUUCGUCCCCUGAUCUCCGUGUGGACGAUGACCCCGACCUGUCGUUGGCGGAACAGAAGCAGGUGGGCGGGCUGGCAUGGAGAGUUUACCAGACCUACUGGUCGGCUGUGGGCGGAGUGCUGGCCGCCUCCAUCCUGAUGUCUCUGCUCCUCAUGCAAGCGUCUAAGAACGUUUCUGACUGGUGGCUGUCCCAUUGGAUCUCAGAGCUGAAAAACAACAGAACAAAUUGUUCCUCCUCAGAUGCCUUCAGCUCACCUCACCUGCUUCUCUUCUCACAUGGAGGGCUAAUGUCUCCUCUGUCCUCAGCACAAACACUCAUUUCAAGCAACGUGAGCUCUGAUGUCAAGUUUUACCUGACGGUGUACAGCUCCAUCGCUGCGGCCAACACCAUCUUCACCGCCCUCCGAGCCUUCCUCUUUGCCUACGGAGCCAUCUGCGCUGCCACCACCAUCCACAACAGACUUCUGGAUCGGGUCCUUAAGGCCACAGUGACCUUCUUCGACACCACCCCGAUUGGACGCAUUCUUAACCGCUUUUCUUCGGACCUGUACACCGUAGACGAUGCCCUGCCGUUCAUCCUGAACAUCCUGCUGGCCAACGUCUUCAGCCUGCUGGGCAUGAUAGUGGUGAUAAGCUACGGCCUCCCCUGGGUCCUAGUGCUGCUGCUGCCCCUGGCUCUGGUCUACCACCACACACAGAGGUUCUACCGGCACACCUCUCGAGAGCUGAAACGGCUGUGCAGCAUCACUCUGUCGCCCGUGUACUCGCACUUCUCUGAGACGCUGACCGGGCUGGGAACCAUCAGGGCCAGCGGUGCAUCUGCCAGGUUUGAAGAGGAGAUCGCCAAGCGUCUGGAGCAGAACCAACGCUGCCUGUUCCUUAGCAACGCCGCCAGCCAGUGGCUGAGCAUCCGCCUGCAGCUGAUUGGCGUUGCUGUGGUGACCGGCCUUGCCGUGAUUGCUGUCAUCCAGCACCAGUAUAACUCUGUCGAUCCUGGUCUGGUGGGUCUGUCCCUGUCCUACGCCCUGUCCAUCACAACCCUGCUGUGCGGCAUCAUACUCAGCUUCACCCAGACGGAGAUGCAGCUGGUGAGUGUGGAGAGAACCGAGGAGUACUCCACCGGCCUUCCCACCGAGCCACAGCACCAGAACACACAGCUGCCCCCGGCGUGGCCCGAACAGGGCUGGUUGGAGUUUCGCAGCGUGGUUUUGGCCUACAGGGACGGUCUUCCUAACGCCCUGGACGGGGUGAGCCUGGUGGUGCGACCUGGGGAGAAGGUGGGCAUUGUGGGACGUACAGGCUCUGGAAAGUCCACCUUGUUCCUGGCCCUGUUCCGUAUGGUGGAGCUGAACCAGGGUCAGAUUCUCCUGGACGGGCUGGACAUCAGCACUGUGGGCCUGGCUCAGCUCAGGUCUAGGUUGGCCAUUAUUCCCCAGGACCCCUUCCUGUUCAGCGGGACCAUCAGGGAGAAUCUGGACCCGUGUGGGCGACACGCUGACCAGCAGCUGCUGGAUGUGGUGGACCAGUGCCACCUCAGCUCUGUGGUCAGCAGGAUGGGAGGUCUGGAUGCUGAGGUUGGGGAGAGAGGAAAAUCUUUCUCUGUGGGACAGAGACAGCUGCUGUGUUUGGCCAGAGCUCUGCUGACCCAGGCCAAGGUCCUGUGUAUUGAUGAAGCCACAGCCAGCGUGGACCAGAAGACGGACAAACUGCUGCAGCAGGCCAUCAGAGAGAAGUUUCAGGACAAGACUGUCCUCACUAUUGCACACAGGAUCAACACCAUCAUGGACUGCGACAGGGUCCUGGUGAUGCGAGCUGGGAAGGUGGUGGAGUUUGACACCCCAGCUGCUCUCUGCCAGACUGACCACUCCAUCUUCCACAGGCUGGUCGGUCAGAGAGCAGAGUGAGCUGACUGAAAAGACACUAGAGGACAGAAAAGGAUUUAUUUUUAUAUUUUUCAUCCUGGAAAUGUUUGCUGAGAGCUCGCUGCCUUUUUCAGCACCGUCCUGCUUUACAUACUGUUACAGCACACACUGAAAGAGGUCUUCUACUGUUGGAGCAAAGAGGCGGGGGAUGCCUCGCUCCAGAUUUCUGUUUGGACUGGGAAGUGAUGAUAUGGGUUUGCAGAUAUUCUUAUUCUGCACUGAGAUUUUCUUUCUUUUAAUUGAUUAUUUUAAUGCUGAAGCAGCAUUAAUUAAACUUUUCCUGAAUUCUCAUCUUGGGAGACUAAAAAUUCUAUAGAAAUAUAUUUAAAUAGUCAUAGCCUCUCCUCUUCUUGUGGCGUUUGUUGACAGUUUGUUUGCACAGCCUCGUCAACACAUGAUGUCUCUUGUGACCAUAAGGCUUUUAUGUCUGUUCAGAUCAUAAUAAUUACAACUAUAAGCUGUUUCAAAGCCAUUUUGCAAUUUAACAGGGAAUAAAAGGACAAAAAAAAGUCAUACUGAAAAGUAUGAAACUUUCUUCUUGGGGGACUAAAAACUAGACACUUCCCUUAAAUUAGUUUUUUUGCCUCCUUGAUGUCAUUUUUGGGGGACAUUUUUAACUCUGAAGCAAUAAAUUUGCACUGCACAUUGGUAAAUUAACAAUUUAUCCAGCUGGGAUUUGUUCUAAUUUAUUACUACAAGCAGUUAACUUGCAGCAGGCCUUAUAUACGACUCUCUAUACUCUACCAGUCCGUUUUCGCCUGACCGUAUAAAUUGUUUUUGUGGAUUCAGAGUUUGUGUGGAGCUGUUUCAGGGUUCUACUUUAUUGAAAUUUUUCUAUAGUUUUAUUUUCUCUCAGUGUGCACUGGGGAAAAAUCACCCAUGGUGGCUGAUGCGGGGCAUUUGCUGCACUCAUGCUUGAAUAUUCUGAAAAUACCUUAAAAUGUGAAAAGGAUGAUGUAUUAAAAUGCAUAUUCUCUGUUAGCUGCUGUUAAACUUGAUAGAUUUUAACCCUACACAGUUACAAAACACUUACCACUAAAUUCCAGCCUGUGAAAAUAAGUGUAGUUGCGUCAGCUUCAGUAGUAUAAAAACAUGGAUUUAUACAGAAAAAUUAUGGGGGUACACUGCAGGUUUAGUAGCCUGUUUUAGUUGCAGUCAGAGCUGAAGAAAUAUCAGUCUGCCACAACAGCCUAGCCCUAAUUUGAAAGAGGGAUCUGUGGAUGAGUAAUCUCAAAUCUUAAUCUGGUUCCCCUAAAGUGGGAGUUGAUGAUAGGUCACUUUGCAGUCACUAGAUAGUGUUCCUGUGUUAUAUGGUCAGGUUAUUUUGAGAGGUUUAAAUGAAGGUCCAUCUUAAAUGAAGUGUUACAUUUUACACUUUUGCAAGUUAAAAGGAUUUUUCAUCCAUCCACUGGGAACAACAUAGAGAUAAUGACAUGCAGUAUGUUUUGGUGUUCCUCAGGGAAGCUGUUUUGAUCCUCUGCCCUUUUUGUUAUAUGUGUGUUUUUUGGAAGUUAUCAUCAGAUACACAAUGUUGAUUUCUGUAUCUGCUGUCUGUGGCUGCUGCUGGUUUGUUAGAAGUUCACAACUACACCCAAAGACAGCAAACUAGGAGUUGGGCAAUCUGUGCUCCUAAAUUUCUUUAACUUUGGAACGUUGUACCAAAAGACAAUUAAAAAACAAACAAACUCAGAAAGCAUUUUAUUGUCCGCUUAACACAUUACUUCUUGUUACAAUUUACACUUUUGCAAGUUAACCCACCCACUGGGAACAACAUAGAGAUAAUAACAUACAGUAUGUUUUGGUGUUCCUCAGGGAAGCUGUUUUGAUCCUCUGCUGUUUUUUAUUAUAUGGGUGUUUCUUGGAUGCUAUCUUCAGAUACACAAUGUUGAUUUCUUUAGCUGCUGUCUGUAGCUACUGCUGUUAAUUUGUGCUGCCGCUGGUUUGUUAGAGAUUCACAACUACACCCAAAGACAGAAAAUUAGGAGUGGGGCUUUUAGUAUCUGUGCUCCUAAAUUUCUUCAACUUUGGAACGUUUUACCAAAAGACAUUUAAAAAAAAAACAACAACUUAGAAAGCAUUAAUAACUGACCGCUUAACACAUUACUACUUCUUCUUCUUUUUUUGGUUUGUUUUAAGAUUAUUUUAUUUUCGCCUUCAUUGGACAGUUGAAAGUGCCGAGGUGUGCAGGAAACAGGGAGGCAGAAUCAAACCAGAUUUUCUUUGUUUUGUUUUUUUAUUUUAUUUAUAAUAUUUGGUUAUCUGCUUCUACAGUUUUUCUUGUAAAUUAAAACACAUCGACUGCAUUUAAUGGAUGUGGAUGUGGGAGCUAUGUACAUCACGUUCAUCAUUAUUAACAUUUUACAUAACACAUGAAUCUCAGAGGUUUCGGAUGGCAGGUCUGAAUUUCCUGGUUACUUUUCUGACCUUGAUGUUAUCUUUGUCACUCACAUUUUUUUGUUAUCUCUUAUCAAAACAAAAGUACAGCUUUUCUAAAUGUGUGGUUUUUUUGUACUUUAUAAAACCCAAGGUCUUUUUUAUAACUAGAGGGAAUGUUUUUAGGAUCAAUUCCUUUUCUUCUCUGCAAAUAAUUUACUGUCAGUCAGGAAGAAGAUUCACUCUUACUGGAGGGGAAGUUUAAAACCUUAAGUCUGUGCCGUGUUUGUCCUGUCCUCAUUUGUCUCUGUUUAUUCUGCACAUCCGUUACAAACACUUGUGACAUGUUUUUCCAAAGUUGUGUCAAUAUGAAAACACGUUACCACCCUGACUGUUUUAUUCUGUAUUGAGAUGGUUCAGGGAAUUACAGUAUGUGAACUACGGCUGCAACUAGUGAUUGUUUUCAUCAUCGAUUAAUUGUUUGGUCUGUAAAACUCCAACAAUUAAUCGACAUCAAAAUAGAUGCAGCUAUAUUUUCUUCUGAGGGAUAAAUGGAUUGAUCUACUAAUCGCUGCAGCUCUAAUAUAAACUGUAAAUCAAAUUUAAAUUCAAAUAUUGACGGAAAGAAGAAUCUUUUUCUGGAUGCACCACUGAUAAUAUGCAUUGUUAGACUGAACAAUUCAAAAUAACUUGUGAUGAUGAAGUGUGAUAUAUUUAACAUUCACAUAAAUCAUUUGGGAAUGAUUUAUUUUGGUGUCUUUGUUUUUGUCAACAAAGUUGGUUUAUAAUUUAAGUCCCUGUAAUAAAUCACUUUCUUUUCUAAUAAA